AGCAUUCUUUUUCUUUGUUCAUUCUCUACUUGCAAUUAUAAUUGUCCUUAUCUAUAGUGACAAUGUUAGAAAGGCCCAUGUAGGUGUUGCACUAUUAAAUGCCAUGCCUCUAGCUCAAAGUGGGAACUCAAAAACUUCUAAAGAUGAAAGUGCUAAGCCUGAGAAUUCAAAGAAAUCUAAGCCUGGAGUAGAAGUAGCAGGCAAAGCAGUCAAUCACAAUGCAGAAGCCUCAUCCAAAGGCAAAGUUGUCAAAAAAUCAGACUAUUGUAACCAUGCAGCUGGUAACCAGCAUCUGACUACUGCUGAAAUGCAGCAGCAAAAGCUGAAGAAGAUGCUGGAUGAGCUAAAUGAGGAGAGUGAUGGUCGCUCAACUCCCAUUGUGAAACUUGGGGAUGCCUCAAUGGCAUCACCAUUCACCGCAAAACAUGCAUCAGUUGCUCCAACGACUGACAUCAUCUGUCAGGGUCGUAGCACUCUGGUCACUACCCUCCAAAUGUUCAAGAUACUUGGCCUUAACUGCCUCACCAUAGCAUAUGUGUUGAGUGUUAUGUAUUUGGAUGGCGUCAAACUUGGUGAUAUCCAGGCUACGAUCAACGGUGUGUUCAUAGUUGCUUUUUUCCUCUUUAUCUCAAAUGCUCGCCCCCUUCCCACCUUGUCAGCUGAACGGCCCCACCCCAAUAUUUUCUUUUCCAAUGUGUUUCUUUCUCUCAUGGGACAGUUUGCACUCCAUCUAAUUUUCUUGAUUUCUUCUGUCAAAGAGGCUGAGAAAUACAUGCCUGAGGAAUGCAUUGAACCAGACUCUGACUUUCAUCCCAACCUAGUAAACACAGUCUCAUACAUGGUUAGCAUGAUGCUCCAGGUGGCUACCUUUGUAGUGAAUUACAUGGGCCAUCCUUUCAACCAGAGCAUUAUUGAAAACAAACCCUUCUUAUAUGCCCUAGGAGUUGCUGUUGGUUUCUUCACCAUUAUAACAUCAGAUCUAUUUAGGGACUUGAAUGAUUGGUUGAAGUUGGUGCCUUUACCUGUGGGAUUGAGGGAUAAGUUAUUGCCGUGGGCUCUCCUCAUGUUUUCGUCCUAUUAUUCAUGGGAGAGAUUGCUGAGAUGGGCUUUUCCUGGCAAAAUUCCAGCAUGGAGGACACGGCAACGACAGGUUGCUGUUAGCUCUGAAAAGAAGCAGGUAUGAAGGAAUUGAAAACGGAUGAAUUUCAGCUAGCUUUCUAGCAAUGGUUAUUUGAAAACAGCACUGAUCUUACGAUAGAUGUAGAGCCAGAAUUAAUUGGAAAGAAUUGU